GUUAUUAGUAAACUUUCUAUUUAAGUGAUUACUUUUUAGAUAUCUAUAUAUUAAUACGUGAAGCAAAAACUUUGUAUCCCUUUUUACGAAAAUUGCGCGGACGGAGGAGUAUGAAAUUUUCCACACUUAUAGAGAAUAUAUAGAAGAAGUGCACAAUGCUAAUAUUUUUUAAAAAUAAUGCAUAAAAGAUACAUUAAAACAAUAAAGAAAACAUUACACACACUGCAUACCAUGUAUUUGACGCAGACACGCAUGCAUACUAUUUAUUGUCAAACUUUUGUUCUUGGCGUCUGUUGUCAAAUUGAGAAUAGAUUGAAUAUUGUUUGUCUUUGUUAAUAUUUUUUAUAGUGGCGAAUUUUGUAAUUAUAGAAGUAUAAAAUACAAUCAUAAUAGUGUACAAACUUACAAUUCCAAUUAAUUAUAGUCGAAUUUCGACUACUGCGGGACCUCUAGUCUACACAAAUUGACCCCGAAAUAAAAGAUGUGUAGGUAUUUAUGUUCCAUUUGAAAACAGAGAAAUACUCAAAUAAAUUUCAAGGAUUUUGCGGUGAAUGUUAAAUAGCUUUUUAAUUCAAAGACCUAUGCCUGGAUCAAAAAUAAUCGCAAGACUUUUGUUGUCUUACGUACACCGACACGUGCUCAUCAAACCGUGUAGAAAACAAAAGCAACGGAAAUAUUACUACAGUCGACGACAAGAAAGCGAACGGGAGACAGAUUUCUCAAACUUCAUUACGUCGUAGUAAAGUUUUGGGUGUACCUAGUACGGACAUAUUGUUAUCCAUUUGUCAAUUACUGAAAAAAAAAAUUGUACUGUCAAAUUUAAUUUGGCGGGAAUUUUAUUAUUCGUUUUUUUUUUAAAUAACCAAUUAAAACUCAACUAAAAUUGACCAAAAAUAGGUACAUAUUUUGUAGAAUAAAAUAAAUGUAUCUUCUAAAAUAAUAAAUUAGUAAUAUAGUGUAAUAAAUGUUUUGUGUUGAAUGAUCAAUAUUUAAUUUUUAAAAUGGGAACCAAAGUCGCUACGACGUUGUGCCUAUGUUUUGCUUUCUACACACGACAUGUGAAAACACAAGAAUACUACAGAAUGGGUACAAACACGAACUCGGGAGAAGCGAUGCAGUUCUUGAGAGAAUACGACAGAGAAGCAUCCGGAAUGUGCUAUAGAGUCACAAUGGCCCAGUGGAAGUUCGUAACCAACAUAACAGAACAUAAUCGAAGACCUAUGAUGGACGAGCUGGCUCUGAGCUCGAAAUUCGAGAGGCUAUCUUGGAGAAAGGCUGCGGCCUAUGACGCAUCCAGGGUCUCCGAUCCGCUGGCGAGGAGACAGCUGACUAAAAUCUUACAAAGCAGCAGGGCCAGUUUACCCGAUGAUAAAUUUUCUGAGCUCCAGCAACUCAUAGCAGAGAUGAAAGAGAUAUACAAUUCAGCUAAAAUCUGUCCGUACAGACAGAAGCCCUUCGAUCCUCACAUACCCAGGGUGUACUCGGACCUCACAAACCAGGGCUACACAUUAGCCAACCAACCGUACCAACAUUACCAGCCCUACACGGAGACCUCCGAAUAUUCCCAGUACUGCAACAUGCAAUUGGAUCCAGAAAUUUCCAGGAUCCUUGCACAUUCGAGGAUCGAGAGUGAGUUGCUGUACGUGUGGAAGAAUUUUAGAGAGCAGACCGGCCCGAAACUCAGGAAUCGGUACAUGAGAUACGUUCAGCUGGUGAACCAAGCGGCGGUGAAUGCAGGGUUCAGAGACGCAGGGGAACAAAUGCGGGCCGCAUACGAGGACCAGUCGUUUAGGGCCAACGUCGAAGAGAUCUACAAUCAGGUCGUGCCACUUUACAAGCAACUCUUCACUUACGUCAGACGCAGACUGUUCCAACGAUACGGGGAUGUGGCUCUCAGACCCGACGGGCCCAUACCGGCUCAUUUAUUGGGCAACAUGUGGGCGCAGAAUUGGAAGUCCAUCAUGGAUUUAGUUAUGCCGUUCCCGCAGUCCCCAAACGUUGACGUCACGUCGGAGAUGCUCAGAAAAGGAUUCACUCCACUAAGAAUGUUCCAAAUGGCUGAAGAGUUCUACACGUCUAUGGGCCUCAAGCCAGUCCCUCCUGAGUUCUGGCGAGGGUCGAUGCUGGCGAGACCACAACAGCUGAGCGUGCAGUGCACCGCCAGCGCAUGGGACUUUUGCAACAGAAUCGACUAUAGGAUCAAACAGUGCACCGAAGUGACGAUGCAGGACCUUGUUUCCACUCACCACGAGAUGGCUCACAUACAGUACUACCUGCAGUACGCUGAUCAGCCCCAGCUGUUCAGGGACGGCGCGAAUCCUGCGUUCCACGAGGCCGUGGCCAACGCGGCGACGCUGUCCGUGUACAACUUGGUGCAUCUACAGCGGGUCGGGCUCUACCAGAACAAGAGUAGUGAUCCAUAUGAAGUCAGCAUAAACUUCCUGAUGACGAUGGCGCUGGAGAAGGUGGCCUACCUACCAUUCGCUUUUAUGGUGGACCAGUGGCGCUGGUGGGUCUUCGAGGAGGGUGUGGAGAACAUGAACAAGCGCUGGUGGCAGAUGAAGCUGCGGUACCAGGGUGUGAUUCCGCCCGUUCCAAGAACCGAAGGUGAUUUCGACCCUGGAUCUAAAUACCACAUCAUAUCUGAUCAGGAAUACAUAAAGUACUUCCUGGCGACGAUCUUGGAGUUCCAAGUGUUCGAGCAGUUGUGCCACGCGGCGGGGCAGGGGGGACUCCUGCACGAGUGCGACGUGUACCGCAGCAGGGACGCCGGGAGACUGCUCAGCGACAUCAUGCAGCCGGGCUCUUCGAAAUCUGCUUCGGACAUCAUCAGAACGAUGACCAGGGGGAAAACGAACAGGAUAUCACCAGAAGCUCUGGUUAGAUACUUCCGACCUUUGGAGUUGUGGCUCAGAGUCCAGAACAGGGAGGAGCCAUUGGUGGGUUGGAACACUUCUCCCAGGGACUUGGCACUGUUCUCCCACUCAACGGAUUCUGCAACAACUCAAUUACUCUCGCACUCACUUCUGUACCUCUCAUUAAUAGCUAAUGUUAUGUUUUAUUAAUAAAAUAAACUAAGUUUUGUUGAUUGAUUGAUUAA